AUGAUGCUACGCCUUGAAACAGUAUAUGGCUACCACCAAUUGGUAGCGGUGGAAGGGGGAGGAGGAGAUGAUACUAAUGGUGUAAUGAACAAGUGUUUGGAUAUGGAGAGACAUGCUCUGCUUCUUUUCAAAGCUCCCCUUCAAGAUCCUGAUGGCAGUCUCUCAACAUGGAGACCUGAUGAACAUGACUGCUGUCAAUGGAAAGGAGUCACCUGCAACAACCAAACAGGUCAUGUUACAGAGCUUGAUAUCAGCGACUAUAAUCUUAGAGGUGAGAUUAGCCAUUCAUUGCUUAACUUAAGCUACAUAAACUUUCUUGAUCUUUCCUACAAUUCUUUUCGUGGAACCAUUCCCACCUUCUUUGGUUCCAUGACUCGAUUAAGAGACCUCAAACUCAAUUCCAAUAAUCUUAAUGGAACUGUCCCCAAGUCCAUUGGUUCUUUGACCAAAUUGAGGUACCUUGACCUUUCUUAUAACUCUCUUUAUGGAACCAUUCCUCUAGAGUUUGGAAAUCUCACCUACCUGCAAGAGCUUUUCCUUGAAUCUGUUGGAAGAUGUGAAGUUGAAAACCUAGAUUGGUUGUCUCCUCUAUCCCAUUUGAAGCAACUUGGGAUGGAUGGGAUUUCCCUAGCCAAACAAAAUCAUUGGGUAGAUAUAAUUUUGAGUCUGAGAAAAAUAUCAUAUUUAAGUUUAGAGGGAUGUGAGCUGUCACAGGUCAUGUAUCCAUAUUCUUCUUCAUUUCUCAACUCUUCUUCAUCUAUCGAAUCCCUUCUACUUGCAGACAACAAUCUCACCUCAUCCAUGUAUCAUUGGCUGUUCCCAUUAACAAGCAAUAAGCUUCACUUUCUUGAUCUCUCUAGCAACAUGUUAGAUGAGAUACCCAAAUAUCUUAGUAACCUUUGUAGUUUGGUAAGUUUAAGAUUUGAUAUGAACUCUGCUGUUGUCAAAUUUCCUGGUUUUCUGUACAACUUGUCUGGAUGCACAUCACUUACAUUGCAAGACUUGGAUGCUUCUUAUAACCAAUUUAUAGGGUCCUUGUCUGAUGACAUCCAAAAGUUUUCAUCCCUAAGACAUUUAUGGGUAUCUCAUAAUCACUUAAAUGGCAUUAUAAGUGACAAAGUGUGGGAACUACCCAUGCUUGAAGAGAUUGAUGUUUCUUCCAAUUAUUUUAGAGGUUCCAUCUCUAAAAACAUUGGAAAGUCGAAGGCUUUUGAGAUAUAUCUUUCAGAAAACCUACUCCAAGGAGUUCCUUCCACAGAUCACAUGUCAAACCUUUCUUAUGUACAGCUUAUUGAUAUGAGCUCUUGCAAUAAUCUAGGGCCUCAUUUCCCCAAAUGGGUUCAAACACUGAGAAAUCUUACCCGUCUUCAUAUUGCCAAUUCCAAAAUUUCAGACACAAUUCCUCCGGAGUUUUGGGACACGUGGCCUUCUCAAUUAAGAUAUUUGAAUCUCUCUUCCAACAACAUCAGCGGUGAAGCACGCGAUUUAUCAUCAAAUUUUGACAACGAUUCAGUGAUAGAUUUGAGUUCCAACAGAUUUUAUGGUCCACUACAGAAUGUCUCUUCGACUUUGGCACUGUUAAACCUUUCCAGAAACAAAUUCAAUGGAGGAAUCUCUUUUUUAUGCCAAAUGGUUGAUGGGUUUUUGGAAGUUCUUGACCUCUCCCAUAACCUUUUCACCGGAAAACUUCCAGACUGUUUGUGGCAUCUCAAACUACUAAAAGUCCUUAAUCUAGGACACAACAAUCUAUCUAGAAGACUUCCUCCAUCAAUUGGAUAUUUGAGAGAACUUGAGGUGCUGGAUUUAUACAAGAACAACUUUUCUGGAGAAUUGCCAUUAUCCUUGAAGAAUUGCACGAGUUUAAACUUAAUGAAUUUGGGGGCCAACAAGUUUUCUGGUAAUGUGCCUGUUUGGAUUGGGGAAAACUUAUCCGGGUUGUAUGUUCUUAUCCUAAGAUCAAACAACUUCUUCAGAACCAUCCCUUUACAGUUAUGUUAUCUUGCAAAUCUUCAAAUUUUGGAUUUGUCAAUGAACAAUCUCCAGGGAACCAUCCCCUCAUGUUUGAAUAAUCUUACAAGCAUGGUUCAAGAAGGAUUCUUACCACCACCACCCAACAUAUAUUCCAUUUUAACUGAUUGGAUAAUGAAAAAGUCAGGAAAUGGUUAUUCAAAUUCCAGCGAGUAUGUUGACCAUGCAACGAUUGAGUGGCAAGGAGAUGAACGUGAAUUCAGCAGAAGAGAUGAAGAAUCAGAAGUACCAUUGGUGGUUGGUAAAAGCAAGGGUGAGGGGGAAGACGUGGAUGAAGUUUGGAAUUGGUUUCGUAUUGGUGAGGGCUGUGGUUUUGCUACUGGAUUUUGGAUAGCAUGUGGAGCUUUACUUAUCAAUAGUCAUGGGAGACGAGUUUUUUUUCACUUUUAUGAUGGCGUCGAAGAUUGGGUUUGUGGGAAGGUGAUGGUAUUCAUUGAAAAUUUUCGGAGGGUUGCAUAUAUGUAG